GGGCUGAGGGCUCGCCCGGCGGCGGCGGCGGCGGCGGCGGCGGCGGAAGCGGCGUCCCCGGCCGGGGUCGGCGGAAGGGAACGAGCCGGAGGACCGCAUGGCUGGAGCUCCGGGCGGUGGCGGGCCAGGCCCCGCGGCGGGGGAGCCGCUGCUGCAGCGACGGGACUCCGGCCAGGGCUCGCCCGCUGAGCCGCCGCCGCCGCCGGCCCACGGGAAGCCCCAGCAGGGCUUCCUCUCCAGCCUCUUCACCCGGGACCAGAGUUGCCCGCUCAUGCUCCUGAAGACGCUAGAGACGAACCCAUAUGUCAAACUUCUACUUGAUGCUCUGAAACACUCAGGUUGCGCUAUUGACCAAGGGAGGCACUUCUCUUGUGAAGACUGCGAUGGAAAUAUCAGUGGCGGGUUUGACGCCUCGACGUCCCAGAUUGUUUUGUGCCAGAAUAAUAUCCGAAACGAGGCCCACAUGAGCAGAGUCGUCACCCACGAACUCAUUCACGCCUUCGAUCACUGCCGGGCCCACGUCCACUGGUUUACCAACGUCAGACAUUUGGCCUGUUCGGAGAUUCGAGCUGCCAGCCUCAGUGGAGACUGUUCGCUUGUGAAUGAAAUCUUCAGGUUGCAUUUUGGAUUAAAACAACACCAUCAGACUUGUGUGCGGGACAGAGCUGUCCUUUCCAUCUUGGCUGUUCGGCACAUCAGCAGAGAAGAGGCCCAGAAGGCCGUGGAUGACGUUUUUGAGUCUUGUUUCAAUGACCGUGAGCCUUUUGGCAGGAUCCCACAUACUAAGGCGUAUGCCAGAUACGCUCACAGGGACUUUCAGAACCGUGAUCGCUAUUACUCAAACAUAUGAAGAUGUUGGCCGUCAGUAUCUCUGAACAUCAGAACUAUGAGGGAAAUGAGGUUCCUAGGCACAGAUGUACACAAUGUAAACGAUCAGUUAAACACUGUGGAUACAGUGCAGAAGGUGAGAUGUGGUUCUUAGACACAGUGUAUACAAUAUAAACGAUCAGUUAGACAUUGGACACAGUGCAGAAGGUGUUGGUUUUAGCAUUUGACUACAAAAAAUGGAUAUGACAAAAAAAGGAACUCCUUAAACUGCAAGGCAAAAUUGGAUAUUUAUAGCUAAUCAUUUAGUAAAUAAGGUAAAUAAGUGGCAUUUUCAUAUUUUCUAUAGUAUAUUUAUUUUUUUAAUUCUUUAGUUUUAUAAUUUGUUCUUACUAUAUGAGAUUAUUUCAAAAGUUGUUUAUGAAAUCUAUGAAGCAUGCUCAUGUGUGAUGGUGGUGGGAGAUCAAAGUAUUUACAUACAAUGCGAUGAUCACAUUAUAGGACAUUUGUGAGAUGUUGUCAUCAAAAUGCAAAGAAUGAAAGUUGGGAAUAAUUCACUCAAAGCCAGUGUUAUUUUCUCUCUGUUCAUUGUAUGUGUGUGGGGACUUCAUGACUUAAUGUCCUGGGGAUACUCUGAUAAUUAGAUACUUUACUUACAUUUCUUUUAGAUUUUAUUUUUUAUUUUGUGUAUAUGGGUGUUUUG